AUGGGGGAUUUCAAUUAUCCCCAUAUUGACCGUGUACAUGUCACCUCCCGACGAGAUGCUGAGAUAAAAUUUCUCGAUGCCUUAAAUGACUGCUCCUUGGAGCAGCUGCCACCACACUGGGAACUGAGGAAGAAAAUGUCCAACGGAAGCACCGUGACCGAGUUCCUGCUCCGGGGGUUCUCUGAUGUCCGGGAGCUGCAGGUUUUGCACUUUGUGGUGUUUCUAGUGAUGUACCUGGCAGCCCUGGUGGGGAACCUUCUCAUCAUCAUAGCCAUCGUCCUUAACCAUCAUCUUCACACCCCCAUGUACUUCUUUCUGGGGAACCUGUCUGUCCUGGACCUUGGCUCCAUCUCUGUCAGCGUCCCGAAAUCCAUGUUCAACUCCCUCUUGGACACCAGGUCGAUUUCCUACACUGCUUGUGUUGCCCAAGUCUUUCUCUAUGUCGUCUUCACAACAACUGAUUUUGCUCUUCUCACCGUUAUGGCCUACGAUCGACACGUCGCCAUCUGCCGGCCGCUGCACUAUGAGAGAGUGAUGAACAGGAGAGCUUGUAUCCAUAUGGCCGUCAGUUCCUGGCUCGCUGCCAUUGUCUACUCUGCCCUGCACACCGGGAACACCUUCCAGUUAUCCUUCUGCCAGUCCAACGUCCUCAACCAGUUCUUCUGUGAAAUCCCCCAGCUCCUCAAGCUGGCCUGCUCCAGCUCCUACUGUAGUGAAAUUGGUGUUAUUGGCUUUGGUGUCUUGUUAUUUUUUACCUGCUUUCUCUUCAUCAUUGUGUCGUACGUCCAGAUCUUCAGAGCGGUGCUGAGAAUCCCCUCGGAGCAGGGCCGGCACAGAGCCUUCUCCACCUGCCUCCCCCACCUCACUGUGGUCUCCUUGUUCCUUUUCACUGUGUCCUUUGCCUACUUGAAGCCCUCCUCCAGCUCUCCGUCAGGAAAGCCCUCCUCCAGCUCUCCAUCAGGCCUGGAUCUCGCGAUGGGUGUUCUCUACGCCGUGGUGCCUCCCAUGCUGAAUCCGGUCGUCUACAGCCUGAGGAACAAGGAGCUCAAAGCUGCCUUGAAGAAACUCUUUGUUUGGAGGUUAUUCUCCAAGAACUGA